AUGCCAUCCACCUUGGCCGAUCCCUCGAUGGAAACAGCUUCUGCUACAACGGACGCAGGCUCAGACGACGCGCACGCCGUCUUCCUCUAUCCUACCGGCGAACCAACAGUUAACAAUAUCGACACUGUUCAAGUGAGCUACGACACGAUAUGGCAGCAUGCAAACCUUACUCUAUACUGCGAGGUGGAUAAUGAAGAUACAUGGGCGAUGGCGACAAUUAACAUGAUCAGUUCAGAUGGCACUUAUGCCAUUGCGCCUAUUCAAGCGGAAAUGGAUAUUCCCAAUUUCCCAGCAUCUUGCCAUUUUAUGAUCGAGGAUGCGAACAAUCAUGCCGAUGCAGUCACUGGGGCUGGAUUCACCAUGGUAAGCACAAAAGGUGUUGCAUCGACAUAUGCACUCCAGGCAACCGUUGCAGCGCCUUCAGCAACACAUACUGGAAGUGGCGCAAGACCUACGGUAGACGCAAGCUCGACCACGGGCACCGCAUCCCCGACCGGAGGAGAAGGGACAUCGAACCUCACUGGAUCAAGCGCAGCGCAAACAGGAGUGGCACCGGCUUCAUCGGGAGGCCUGAGUCCAGGUGCGAAAGGUGGUCUUGCGAUUGGAAUCAUCGCUGCUGUGUUAGCGGUGUUAGCCGGCGUCUUUCUCUUCUUUAGGAGAUCGAGGAAACAAAUGCAGAGGCUUGACAGCACUGCUCGAACCAGUCCCACGGAAAAAGCAGCGGCGGCGAGCGGCGCUCCGCAAAUCAACACACAACCCACCGAGAGGAAAUCGAAGCAAGAACCAAUAGCGUCUCCAAUUUUUCAAUCAGAGCCAAACAACAGGAAUUCCGAGGAUUGGAGGCGGUUCUUCGGCAGCGCCAUGUCGAGGCGAGGGCCUACCGCUCUAUGA